UAGCCCGGAAGGAAGCGGGUGUGUGUUGCGUCUGCGCAGUGCUUCUGGUCGCCUGUUCGCCUAGCGUGGCUGCUUUUUCUAACAGUGAGGGCUGCCUCGCGUGGGCUUCUGCGGCGCGCGGUGCUCACGGGCUAUGUCCUGGCUCUUUGGCAUCAACAAGGGCCCGAAGGGAGAAGGCACGGGGCCUCCAUCGGCCUUGCCGCCCGUGCCACCUGGGGCUGAGGGGGGUCGGCAGCCCUGCUUUGCCGGCCAUGCCAAAGAGGCACUGAGUCUUGCACAGAUGCAGGAGCAGACGCUGCAGCUGGAACAACAGUCCAAGCUCAAGGAGUACGAGGCCGCUGUGGAGCAGCUGAAGAGUGAGCAGAUCCGUGUGCAGGCUGAGGAGAGGAGGAAGACCCUGAGUGAGGAGACGCGGCAGCACCAGGCAAGGGCCCAGUACCAGGACAAGCUGGCCCGGCAGCGCUAUGAUGACCAGCUGAAGCAGCAGCAACUUCUCAAUGAGGAGAAUUUACGGAAGCAGGAGGAGUCCGUGCAGAAGCAGGAGGCCAUGCGGCGAGCCACUGUGGAGCGGGAGAUGGAGUUGCGGCACAAGAAUGAGAUGCUGCGUGUGGAAGCAGAGGCACAGGCCCGGGCCAAGGCGGAGAGGGAGAAUGCAGACAUCAUCCGAGAGCAGAUCCGCCUGAAGGCCGCAGAGCACCGCCAGACAAUCCUGGAGUCCAUCAGGACAGCUGGCACCCUGUUUGGUGAAGGAUUCCGUGCCUUUGUGACCGACUGGGACAAAGUGACAGCCACGGUGGCGGGCCUGACGCUGUUGGCUGUUGGGGUCUACUCUGCCAAGAACGCCACUGCCGUUGCCGGCCGGUACAUUGAGGCCCGGCUGGGGACCCCGUCGCUGGUGCGGGAGACCUCGCGCAUCUCCGUGCUGGAGGCGCUGAGGCACCCUGUCCAGGUCAGCAGGAGGCUGCUCAGUAAGCCCCAAGAUGCACUGGAAGGAGUCGUUCUCAGUCCCAGCCUGGAGGCACGGGUGCGGGACAUUGCCAUAGCAACAAGGAACACCAAGAAGAACAAGAGCCUGUACAGGAACAUCCUGAUGUAUGGACCACCGGGCACUGGCAAGACACUGUUUGCCAAGAAACUGGCACUGCACUCAGGCAUGGACUACGCCAUCAUGACCGGUGGGGACGUGGCCCCUAUGGGGCGUGAGGGUGUGACUGCUAUGCACAAGGUCUUUGACUGGGCCAACACCAGCCGGCGAGGUCUCCUGCUCUUUGUGGACGAAGCAGACGCCUUCCUAAGGAAGCGGGCAACCGAGAAGAUCAGCGAAGACCUCAGGGCAACCCUGAACGCCUUCCUGCACAGAACGGGCCAGCACAGCAGCAAGUUCAUGCUGGUGCUGGCCAGUAACCAGCCCGAGCAAUUUGACUGGGCCAUCAAUGACCGCAUCGAUGAGAUGGUCUGCUUUGCCCUGCCGCGGCACGAGGAGCGUGAGCGCCUGGUGAGAAUGUAUUUUGACAAGUAUGUUCUUAAGCCAGCCACGGAAGGAAAGCAGCGUCUGAAGCUGGCCGAGUUUGACUAUGGGAAGAAGUGCUCCGAGGUUGCCCAGUUGGCGGAGGGCCUGUCAGGCCGUGAGAUCGCUCAGCUGGCCGUGGCAUGGCAGGCCAUGGCAUACGCCUCUGAGGACGGGGUCCUCACUGAGGCCAUGAUGGACACCCGCGUCCAGGACGCUGUCCUGCAGCACCAGCAGAAGAUGCAGUGGCUGAAAGUGGAGGGACCCAGUCCCAUGUCCACAGUGACCGUGCCAGGCCCUGACACUUGACCAGCAACCCCCUCCUGCCAGGGUUGCGCUGCAGGCCCCAGGCCAGCUGUGGGCAGCGGUGUAGUUGGGGCUCCCCCGCCCCUACCCUCCCUCUGUGGGUGCUGCUGGGGAGGAACAGGCCUUCCCUGUGUUCAGGACACUUGCCUAAGCAGGGAGGUGGCCAUGUACUGUGGCCAUGGCCCGUAGUCUGACCAAGACCAAGCAGCUGCCCAUCUGGCCUGGCUGGACAUUUCCCCCGCCCACACAUGCUUAUGCCAUUGAGCCUGGCCCACACCCAGGGCAGAUAUGGCUGUGGGCAGCGGUGCCAAGUGCUCAGUGAUCUGCUGCCUGCCUGGGGCUGCAGCUGAG